AGAAAGACCCGCCGCCUGACCUAAGCGGGAGUUCUUUCUCUGCCUCGCGCGCUUGCGCCGUGGGAAGCCCUGCGAGGAGGCGGAGGCGGAGGAAUAGGAAGCCGCGAUUGGGACCGCCGAAGCUCGGGCUGCGAGCGAGCAGGGCCGGGAAGUGGCCCUCGGGGCGGGCUGCUGAUCGGGGCGGCUGCAAGAUGAGCGCCGCCAGGGAGUCCCAGCCUGAGCGCGGCCACGGAGUGAAGCGAGCGGCCUCCCCCGAUGUGAAUAAGGGCGGCUGGGGGAGGAAGUGGGGUUGGGAAGCGGGGGGAGGGGAGGCGGCGGGGGGAGGGGGAAGGGGCUUCUUCCUGUCCCGCCGCUCAUCUGCGGGGCCCUUGCUCGCUCCUUGCCCCGAGGAGAGUUGCAAAGUGGGCCGGGAGGUCAGGAUCCUUUCGUCCAGCUGUGGCCCCUUUCGCCGCGCAUUUUGCCACGCGGCGACGUCUCCUGUGCCCCAAGUGCGGGGAAGUUCUCCUCGCGGCUUGGCAGAGAGAAGGGACACUGUGACUGACCUGCUCGGUGGCCCUUGUUCCCGCAAGCCCCGUCCCCCCUUUCUCCAUGUUGGGCUUGUGCAUAUUGUAGUCCCCCGCCUUAGUUUUGGGGGCAUGGCAUGUCCUAAGCAACCCCGAGGCGAAAGGCGCGCUUUCAUAGACGUUUAGGCCCUGGUUUGGCAUGCAGAAAAGCUGUAACACGUGUAGCAGCCUCGUCUGGAGGGGGGGGGAAGCGUGCAUCGGGCCUGUGUGUGUUACUCACGUGUGAAUAUUUAACUAGAUAUUUAAUGUCAAGCGAUCUAGGGGAAAUAGCUAGAGAACUUUAUUGCACACGCAGGUGUGCCAACCGUACUUUUUAAAGGGCGCCUAUAAAAUCAAAGCGACCCUAAAGUCCCUUGGUUCUCUGUGUUUGUGUACAUCAUUUGUGGAUCCUGUCCCAGCUACUGCUCAGAAGUGGGUAGAGCAACCAAAAUAAUGUAAAAUGUGUAUCUGAGCACUAAGAAUGAUGUUAGGUAGGAAAUGUAGGAAUGAUUGGAAUGCUAACCAUCUGUCCACAUAAACAUGGCCAAGGUGUGGUGGUGAAAUGAGACCCAACUAAAUCAUAUGUGAAACAACUUUGAAUGUCCCUGAUUGAGUUAGCAAAGUUCCAUGGGGACAACAAAAUACAACAUUGUAUGCUCACAUAUGCUAUAAAACAUUACCUAUAUAACAUAAACCUGUGAAAACAGAAAGUUCCCCAAUGCCUAAAAGUGAGUUGAAAGCAAGAACAAUGCUUUAUAUUAUAAUCAUCCAAGCCACUUGUGUGGGAAUUGAUGGGAGUACAAAAAAGUAUUGAUAUCUAAAGCCUACAGGGAGUUAAAUAGCUUAAUAAAAUUCACAACAAAUGUAUCUGCAGACACGAAAGGGGACAUGGGAUUUACUGGGAUACCACCUGCAAGGCACUUCUAUUAGCCAAAUAGCUGCCUUUAUUUCUGAGUUCAUUAUGGAGGACUUGAUUAAUGAUAGGAUAAAAGCAGGACAGUCAAAUUCAAUGCAACAUAAUAUAUAUAUUUACAGAUUAUUACUUUUGUAGACCCUCCCUCUCAAAAAGCUUGCAUCCCCAGGCUUGGAAUGUCUUCUGGAGGACUGCCACAAUUGUUAUCCUUUUCAACUGUUUCAGCAGCUUCACAGUGGAUAUGACACCAGCAGCAUUCAUAUUUUGGCCAUAAGAGUCCACAGCUGCUUCUCCCUGCUGCUGAUGGUCGACGUACAUAUAUAUAUAUAUAUAUGCAGCACUUGUACAUUGUGGGCAACUUUUGAUUAAUUCUAUGAUGUCUGAAGCAGCUUUUAAUUCUAUGGUUCACUUUUCUCAAAAGAGAAUUUUGGUAGAGAGGGUGAUAGCUUGCUUCCAUUUGCUGGUGUGUUUGGCUGUGCUAUAAGUGCUGCAGCCUCAUAUGGUAGGUUUCUGAAGGAGCUGAUCACAUCCAAACAGUGACAAGGUGGAAAAUAGGCAUAUUCUUUCAGUUAACUGAAAUUGUGUUAUUGAUCCCUGAUAAUCCCAGUAACCAGUAAACUGCAAUGAUUAAUUCACCCCACUUUUCAGAUUGUCAACAUGUAUUUUCACAUAGUGCCAGCUACUAAUUAACUGGGCUUUCCUGGAAAUCAUGCUUAGUUUACAGGUGGUUAAAUAAGCUUUGCAUUUUUAGCCUCCUUUUUUAAAAAAAGUCUUCCUGAUCUUGUUUAAACGCAGCUAUAAAUUUUCCACUUCCCUUGAAAGGAGCUGGGCAUUUCCACAGCCUCCACAACCUGCUUCUAGGGCUGUAGUUUGCUACUAGCCAUUAAUAGGUGCCUUCAAGAAGCUGUUGCCGUGUGGGUAGUAGCUUUGCUGAUUGGGGUUUAACGAUCCCCAUUAACAGUGUGUGGCUCUGAACUUGAAUGAUCAUGGCUGUACCCUUAAAACAAAAGCUGUACAUUAUGUUCAGAAUGUAUGAUAAAGUAAUUGAAAAUGUAUGCAUGCAAUCGACUUAUCUUUCUUUUUAACGUGACCACAGGCCACCUUCUGUCUUGCAGCUUGGAUCUAGCAGCUGGGAGGCAGCAGACCUGGGUAAUGAAGAAAGAAAGCAAAAGUUCUUGAGACUUAUGGGUGCUGCAAAGGUGAGGCUUUAUCUUCCAUCUAAACAGUUCAUUGAGCCACAGAGGAAACUUGUAUAGAAGAACCUUCUAAACUUAUUCUUUCACUGCUCAUGCUUGGUUUACUUCACUGAUUUUGAUAAGCAUACAAGGGGUGACAAUCCAUUCAUCUUGAUGUUAUUGUAAGGCAUGCAUUAUCUAUAGCUGCUCUCUGAAAGGAAAAAAAUAGUUGAGCUGUGGCACUCUCAUGUAUUGGGAAUAAUGCUGUUUAAUUUUAUUAUUGUUUAAACAAGCAAGUUACUAUGUUUCAGUGAACAUAGGGGAACAAAUAUUUUGCUAGUAUGAUUGUUAACUGAUACUCUGAAGGAUGAACAGAAUAAAUCUGCAGAAUAAAGCAGCCAGUCAAGAUUACAGCUGAAUAGUUUUUCAAGUAAGAUGCUUGAGACAAUAUGGGGAGAGUGCUGUUUCACUCUGGUCCUGCUUGUGGUCCUGCUGGAUGGGCCUUUAGUCUCAUCCAGCAGAGCUCGUUAUGUUAUUAGGUAACUGGGGUCUGUAGAGGUAGGCUGAUACAGCAGUUUCACAGCAAACAUCCAAGUGCUUCAUAGAAGAUAGAAUGGAAGCUAAUGUCAUCAAGAAGAAAAAUGUGUUUUAUGAUACUUGUACUCCUCAUAUAGUAUGAAACUGGUUCUAUGUUGGACUUCCAUAUUUGAAUCUCUGAUUAUUUUUAUUUUUGCUUUUAUUUUUGCUUUCCUCCAUAAUUACUUACAGCAUCUGGUUGUUUCAUUUUAUCAGUUUGGACAUAUGAAAUCUGCAUGCUAGAACAUUGAUAUUAAACAAACAAAAAUCUGAUUUUUAAAAUAUGAUGAAGUUAAUGCUGGGCAUUAACAGAAUGUAACUCUCUGAAAGCUGGCACAAUAAUUUUAUGAUACUUACAAAUAAUGUCUAUGGCAAGGUGACCCAUGGAGCAUAAAAACUUGCAAAGUGCUGCAGAACUCAUUGUUGUGAUUUGCUUCAAGAGACAGCAAUUGUUCUCAAAUAAUAGCUUUAUUUUCUUUUAGAAAGAGCAUACUGGCCGCCUUGUUAUUGGAGACCACAGAUCAACUUCUCAUUUUAGAACAGGUCAGUCUAAAUUAAGUGGAAGUAAAUUUAUGUAUCUUUUAAUGAAGUGUGACUGUUUUCAGGAAGUCCCUUUUUUUGGCUGAAUAGCAGCUUUCUCAAGGCUACCCACUAAGCUUCAUAAAGCAAGGAGUUGAACUCAAAACCAUCUCUCAGGCCACUAAAACCACACUGGCUCUUUGGCAAGCUGAAUGAGAGCAGGAGCACCCCACAAUGUGCAACCCAUUGGCCUAAGGCAUACAUUGUCUCUUACUUACUGGACACAGGCAUGCCAUGAACAAAUCAUGCUUUACCAACAAAUGUCUGGAGCUUCUGCUUCUGGAUAAUGUUUUUGUCUUGCCAUCAAAUAAGCUUCAUGGAUUAAAUUAAUUAGCUGUGCUGUUUUGGCUCACUUGAGAUUUCAUUAGUAAUUUUCAAUUGGGAUUACGCAUCUUCUGCCAUUGGUGGGAGCAAAGCUUUCCCUAGGACAAUUGCUUUCAAGGCUUUUGAAGCUGUUCUGUCCCUUUGUUUUAGCACAUGUCUGUAAUGAAGCACUAGCAAGGCAUGGUGAUUCGCAUGAAGUAUUCUGACUCUAAAAGGCCUUAUGCUCCUGCUUUUGUGUUGUAAUUAGAUGUUUGUUUGUUAGUUUGACUGGAUGGUAACCAACGUGUAUGAACAUAUAGGGGAAGAAGACAAGAAGAUGAAUGAUGAGCUAGAAACUCAGUUCCAGCAAAGCAUGGAUAGCACCAUGUCAGGAAGGAACCGGCGGCAUUGUGGACUCGGCUUCAGUGAGGUAAUCAUGUUUAACUUGAAAUAGUGACUCAAGAAGUUGUGUUUCUCUAGAAGCCAAACACACAGACAACACAACAGAAGCACAGUUUUGUACAGUGCAUGCUGCUUAAGUAUGUCAAACUGUCGCAUGGCACAUACACAAGCCCAUCCAUUCCUCAGGCCACACUUUAAAACUGCUGUAUUUUAGCCAGUGGGCCAGUGUAGUCAGCUGCUGCAGUCUGUAAACUUUGCCCACUGGAAUUGUAGGAGUUCUUGGAGGUCCAGAGGGCUGGAGGUUUUCCCACAUUCACGAAGAGGCAUUAUAAUUUAGCAUCACCACAGCAUUCCCUUGCUUCUGCCUUGAAUUCAUAAGAAGAUACAGCUUAGAGCAGGGAUGGCUAACUCAAAUCAAGCCCACAAAACUACUUUAUUUGACCUUUGGAGCUGUGCCAAAUUCUUACCUUCUUGUGGUAAAAGGUUUCGCCCAAAGUUUUACGUGCAAGGCAGGAGGGAAUGGUUUUCAACAUUUUGCCACACUUUCUUUGGGUUUUGUUGUAAUGUCUUCGCCAUGCCAAAAUGCACAUUUUCCCAUUUGCUCUGGCGCUCUUGCCUGUUCCAUAACUUCAUCGUGAAGCUUGAUUGAUCACUAUUUAGUUAGGUUACGCAACAAAACAUUGCAUGUGUUAAGUCUGGUGGCUUCCAAAAUGCAGAAGUUGGCCAUCUCUAGCUUAGAGCAAAUGCCUGAUUUUGCAUGGCUAUGGGCUUAUCUCUGGUGAAACGAGGCUGUAACCCUCUACCUGCUUACAUGGGAUUCUGAGUGCGUGUAUAUUGCGCUGUCGCGUACUUCAAAAUUUUGCUGUAUGAAGGGGCCUCAACAUGGCUGCUUUGUUUCCUUAAUGAUACAUCCAUCAUUUUAUUUGUAUGCUGCCUUUCCAUAGUUUGAACCCUGCUCAAGGUGGCUUACAAUGAAUAGAAAUGCUGUUCAUCAGCCUCAGCUUUUGUAGCUGGAGUCAAAUCAGGGCCCACACCUCCCAGGCCAGGUGGGAAAGGCCUGUAAGGUCUUCCAGGACUCAGCCAAGAUGCAAAACUCAUUAAGAUGAUUUUACAUGGGUUUUGUACAUGGGCUUUGUUUGUUACGUUGAAACAUCCAUUUUUCAGUAUGACUUUUAAAAAAAGGGACAGGAAGUUUUUGCAUUUUCUGUAAUCUGAAUUUUUCUUUUAGUUUGAAGAAGACAAGGGAGAUCCAGAGGAUACAAGAGACUCUCUGGAGCCAGAAAGCUCAGAGGACUCGGAAAGUGAUUCUGAGUCUGAGCAAGAAGAGGCUGCAGAAUCUACUGAAAAGCACAGCGAUGCUGAAGAUCCUCAAGCUAAGAAAAAUUCAAAAAGCAACUAUAAAAUGAUGUUUGUUAAAUCCAGUGGUACAUAACUACAGAUCAAAUCUGCCUUUAAGCAAAGUAAGCCUUAUGGUUACAGUGCAAAGUAUUGGACUGCCUACAGCACAGACCUUUCUAUUAUGGUUUGAAUAAGGCCCUUUUAGAGAGAGAAUAGUGUUUGCUUUUCCAUCGCCAUGAAACUAUUUUUAUCAGCAUGACUGUAUCCAUUUUGUUUUGUAAAGUAUGAAAAUAAAAUUGGGCUGGUUGUGGGGAGGGUGCAAGUUAGUUCUCGAUCCCCUUUUACAUAAUUCUUCUGUCCCCCCUCCUAUUCCAUGAUGGCUAUCAAACCUUUCUUAAGCUUGUUAAAAUGAUUUAUCGAAAUGAUACUUGAUGUCUUUAAGUGUGGUUUAUUUUUUAAAGCAGCACACUGGGUUUUGAAUGAUAUAAUUAUUAAAAAGUGAGAAUUGGAGCUCCUUUGUCUUGCUGGCAUCCCAAAAGGGAACAGCAUUUUAGGAUGUGCCCAGCCCUGGCUUUUAGUGUGGUGGACUUCUAAUAUCAGAGUUGUGCAUGCGUGUGAAAGAGAGAGAAAGGGAUGCAUGUAUGAGAGAGAAACUGAUUAGCCAAAGGAAGUUUGGAUAAAGAAUUAACAGACAAAAUGUUCAGUGAGGGGAGUAACCUUAACAUACACAUUUGUAAGUUAACCGUGUUGUAUCUGUGUAUACACUAUUGAUCUUUAAAGCUUCACUGGCAGAAACCCUGAAAAGGUUAAGGAGACUUUAACAGAGUGGGUUGAAAGGAGAGUAGGUACCUGAAUGUGAAAAGUUUCAGUACUCCAGUACAAACAACCUGCCUCAAUUUUCUCUUAAGUACAUUAACUAACAACUUUUACAGUGGUACCUUGGGUUAAGUACUUAAUUCGUUCUGGAGGUCUGUUCGUAACCUGAAACUGUUCUUAACCUGAGCUACCACUUUAGCUAAUGGGGCCUCCCAUUGCCGCCGCGCCACUGCCGCACAAUUUCUGUUCUCAUCCUGAGGUAAAGUUCUUAACCCAAGGUACUAUUGCUGGGUUAGCAGAGUCUGUAACCUGAAGCGUAUGUAACCUGAGGUACCACUGUAUCUAAAUUAUGCAUUUUAAUUAGUAGUACAUUGGAAUCAUUUUUGCUUGGUUUCAGUGUGAAACCAUUUUUCCUCAGAACUUGAUACCGUUUUGGUCUUUUACCUACAUUAUAUUGAUUUUGCAUAACCAUUCCAGCUAGAGCCUGCGAAGAGAGUUUGAUGCUGUUGCUGCGGUUCUUCCAAAUGAGUUAUACCCAUCCAGUGUUUUACAGAACGUACAGUGGAUGCUCGGGUUGUGAACGAGAUCCAUGCGGGUAGCGUGUUCGCAACCCGCCGCGGCACGUCUGCGCAUGCACAGGUUGUGAUUCGGCGCUUCUUUGUACGCGCAAAGCGCAAUUUAGCGCUUCUGCGCAUGUGCGACCGCCGAAACUCAGAAGUAACCCAUUCCGGUACUUCCGGGUUGCGGUGGGUCCGUAACCCAAAAAAACGCAACCUGAAACGUCCGUAACCUGAGGUAUGACUGUACUGUGGGUAAAGUGAUAGAACUAAAAGGGCUGUUUGUUGAAGGAGCUGUUCACAUCAAGGAUUAAAGUGGCUGUAGUCUGAAAAACUACAGUUGAAGCACGUAUACCUGGCAUAAAAUGAGAACUGAUUAUUCACGGUUAGUUCUGCUUACCUAAUUCACCCUCUGUUCUGGAUGCCUUUCUCCAUUUUCAGGAUGAAUAAAGAAUGGCUUUCAAGCCUUCAAACAACAAUAGUAGGGAAAGAAAUGUCUCUCCCUGCCUCUCCACAAUCAGAAAAAACAAACUAUCCCUAACUUCAAAUAGCACUAAUGAUGCUGUUUUAGUGUUUUUCACUCCUUAUCACUCUCUGAAUUUUAUUCCUAUUUAAAUGUUAAGAAAAUAGAAAUAAAGCAAGCAACCAAAGAUGACAAAUUCUGAUUGAAAGGAGUUCUCAUUUUAUGAAUGAGUUGUUUCAAAAUUUCAGGUUACUCUUGAAGAUACUGUCUACAAGCAGCAUUGCAAGUCCUGAAUUUUUACUAGCUGAAUAAUUUUUAUCUUUUUGAUUCCAAAACAUUUUAAUUUAAUUGACCUUUCGUGGCAUUUCAUUUUUGCUUUGCCUGUCCCCAUGCUGGAAAUUGCUGACAACUGAUUUUCAAACUUUCUGCUUCUUAUUUUUCUUGGUUAACUCAAGCUGGGUGUCUAGCUAGUCUCAAGAUGGGAGUGAAUGAGUCCUGUUUAGGGGAGACUUCAGUCAGGGCUGGCCUGAAACAAUUUGUUGCCUGGGGCAGUGCAGCAAAUGCCUUUCCCCUGCCAUAGUACAUAGUAAUCAAGACAGAUCAAGUUAAUUUGGUACAGAGGCUGAGAAUCCUACAAGCACCUCUUGUACUGCACCUCCUGGCAGUAAAAAUACAACAAUUAUAAUUGGCUGCUGUUUCACAACACCCCACUCUGUCAUUUUACUGAACCUAGUAUGGAGGACUACAGUCCAGAUACAGAUUUGCCUAAUUUUCUCAGCAUUCUCACUCCCAAGAGAAGUAUCUCAGUUAAAAGAAAGGAAGGAAGAAAGGCUUCCAAUUGCCAAGGGAAAACAUGUUCUCACUGUGAAGGAGACCCUGUGGUCAAAAAGGAAGGGUUUCAGAAGGUGCUCUGACUUCAUACAACAUUUCUAGAAUUUUCUAUCUACUGUUCCUAAGGAUCCUCAAAAAGUUUUAUUUCAGAAAGCACAAUUUUAGGGCAGCAUCAAAGCCACAGGUCGUUCUAAGGCUAGGGUUGGGGAAUUCACAUCAAAAGAUUGUAUGCACACGUUAGUUCUCAUGGCAGGAGGACUGCUCCAUGGAAAUCUCCUGUGGAUAUGCUACAGUCCCCAGAAGAGAUUAAAUUAUGCACUGAAGCUGCCUCUAUAAAAUGUAGCAGACAAAGAGACUCGGCACCACUGGUAGGCUUCAUAAUCAAAGCUUCACAUCAUGGUUUGCUUUGAGUCCUUAUGAACUGUCAGGAGAAACUUGAAGUAGGAACCAAGUGUUCACGAAACAUGGAAAGGCCAGGUGGUAUAUUUGAUAUGAAAAAGCAAUCCACUUUUAUCAGACUUGCCCAUGAAUCUUAAAAGUCCUUUGCAUAUGGCAUUUGAUAAAUAUGUGGCUCACUUUAUACAGUUAUUGACCCACCUUGAUAGUCACAUUGAAGAUAUACUUGAGUCAGAAGGAUGACAUAGAGUUGAAAAAAAGGUUUAUAGCUAAGGCCACAGGGAAAAGUGUUAGGAAUAAUACAUAAUCUGUGGUCUUAAGAAUCUUCCCCGUUCAUUAUUUCACAGUACAUUCUGUGAAAAUAUAUUAUACUAUAUAUUAGAUAAAUAGAUAUUACAGUAAUUAGUCUGGUUUUAUAUUGGGUGAUUUAAAAAAAAAAUAAUUACUGAAACUAGUUGCAAAGUAAUGAUGGUUGUGUCACUCGUUUUUUUCAAGCAGUUUAGGCUGUUUGAAAGUUUAGCUCUUAUAAUUAUUCUGCACUUUGGAAUACAAAUUCUUUCCAAGGCUACUUCCAAGUAACAUAAAAAUAACAGUAAUAACAUCACAAUAGAACAAUGCAAGUAGGCCUGUACAAAAUGGUGCAGCAUAGUGUGUUAUGAAGGGUUCCACUCAACCAGCCAUACCCUGCAUGUUCCAGUUUACUUCAUUCAGUUCCCUCCCCUAUCUGGAUUUCAACCCCACCCCCAGACAGUAUUCCGUGCCAGUGAGCAUACUGGGUACUUAAGGGGCUAUUUCAGAGUGUGUGUUUUUGUUUUUGAUCCUCUGUUUUCCCUCGCCCUUCUUAAAGCAUUGAUCCCUUGGGUUGUGGUUUUUUUGGCAUUACUGUAUUCUUUGGGGUCUGAGGUUGUUGACACUGCCUUGUUUGUAGGGGUUGUGGUGAUGUUUUGGCUACAUAAGGCUAAGCCCUUGGGAAAUGAAUUUGCUUUUAGCCUGUUCCAAGUGAGACCUGAAUCAUCUUCCGUUCAGGAUUCCAUUCAGUGUAUGCUAUUCCCCCACCCCAACAAUCUGUCACCAUUCCAUCGCCACUGAGAAUGCAGCCCUCCUUGACUUGCUUUUGUGGGUUCUUCAGGACCUACCUCUCAGCGCGCACACAAUACGUUUUUAGCGUGCUUCCUGCACCACAGCUGGCUCUGUGGAACAGUCCAGUUGACACAGAUGAGUUUUAUUUAUAUUCUUGCCUUUUCCCCCUGUUAUUUUGCAUUGGGCAGUUGAUAGAAGAUAGCUCUGUUGGGGAAGUGGACAGUCCAUCUUGAUCAGGCUGUGGCAUCUUUGCCUGCAGCCUUGGCUCUAUGUUCCUGACCAUAGGGGCCUGAUGGGCGGGAGCAACCUCUGAGCUAUUAUUGCUGUACCUCCCUUGCUCUGCUUUGUUAUAAAACCAAAAGACGACAAAAUGAAUUUCCUCUAACUCCAAUCAGUAUGGCCCAUAGUCAGGAAUUAUGGGACUUGUCCAUAAUAUCUGGAGGGCAUGACACUGGCUUCCCUGCUCCAAAUCCUACCUUCACACAAACAGGCAUCCUACUUACAUUAGCUAAGGAUUACUAACUUCACUGAUUGAUACCUUCAGCUAUAUGGAUCAGAGUAACAUCAUCAUCAUCAUCAUCAUCAUUAUUACUACUAUUUCCAUUUGUAUGCUUUCCCACAUAAAUAUGCCCAAAGCAACCAUAAGAUUUCCCCAGAACAAAACACAAACCUCAGGGACUGACACAGUUCAUUCUUAUGUUUGCCCUUUUAUCUGAUUUAUAUUACCCAUGAACUAUGGCUGUAUCGCAGAGCCACUGCCCCAUGUAGUUUGUCAUAUCAAAAACAUGGAUAUUUUGAUUAUGGGUAAUUACCAUGCUAGCAAGAACCACCUGACAUUGAGUUUAAGAGACACUUUUUGCAAAGACUCCACAUUUCCCCUCCAUAUCUCCAUUCUUACUCCUUUUGUCUCCGGUACACUGAAAAAUGGGGGUGCUAUUAAUUCACAUUCCAAUUUUAACAUAUUUUUUAGUUUUUCGUUUUUUUCUUGCUUCUUAUUUAAAUAAAUCAGACACGUUAAAAUGCUUUUCUCCUUUGUCUUGUGCCUUGAUUAGUGCCUUUAUGAGACUCAGUGUAGCUCACUGGCUAACUAAAUGGGCCAUGAAGAACAUUCGCUCCAGCCGUCGUGAAAUCUGUUGUUAAGAGAUAUUUGAGGAAAGUUCAGUACAAGCAUGUCAUGAAUUGUUUAGCUGUCAAAAUAGUCAAUUGGAGCGGCUGAUCUCUUUCAGAUACCUUUCUGUGAUUCCAAAGCAGCAUGCUAAUGUGGCUCACAGGAGUAUAAAGUUCUCUCUCAAAGCAUUAUUUGACAUUUUUAUUUAUUCCAUAGGUCAAAAGGCUACUAUUUCUCCAUACCAUGAUACUCCUGCAACACCUCCGUUUUCUUCCUUCUUCUCAGACUUACCUGUAGUUUAAAACAUUCAAAGUGUGGCUGCAGCGCAGAACACCUCAACAGACUGUAUUAAAAAUGCCCUUUAAAAAUCCCAAAGCUUUGAACUAAAAGAAAUAUCUCAAGAAGUUUUCAUGGAAAGUUCAUCUCAGUUGGUUCAAUUCAGCUACACUUAGAUGCACCUUUUCAAAUAAUGGAAAAAAGUGUAAAGAGGUCAGACCCAAUCAAUACACUUGUUCAAACAGAAUUCCAGGCACUGUGAUGUAUGUACAUUUUGUGCUCUUCCUUUGUACUGUUCCACUAUGAAGAAAGGUUGCUUUCACUAGUAGGCAAUAAAGUCUUAGCCUUUUGAAUGCAGCUAACCAACCAAUAGCAAUGCAUAUUGGGCAAAAACAUACAGCAGUUUUUCCAUGCCUCCUCUGUACUUCUUAUAACUAUGUAAUUCAGACACAAACUGCAUUAGCAAAUGUUUUCAAAUAGAGAAAGACAAACAGAAAUCAGAGGACUGGAGCCUCAAAAGCAUGCCUUUCCAACAUCUGAAGUUUGUGUCUUAGUACUGAUACUAUCUCUCAAGUGUACAAAAUAAAUUGCUAUGAAAGUCACACACACACACAUUUUUUGAGAAAGCCAUUCAAGUGAGAGAAAAAAUCCUGGGUGAAGCUAACUUAUUAGCUGUCAAGACAUUUGCUGUUUAUUUUGAAACCUGUAAUAUUAAUAUUGUUUUCCUGGGACUGGCACGCAUGCUAGAGAGAACCGGGAACUCAUUUACCAUAGUUAACAAUGAUCAAAGCUACAAAUGCUACUGUCCAUAGUUCCAGUAGCAUAUUGUUGCUAAUAGUUAGAAACAAGAACCAUUAAGUAGCAGUACACAUUAGUCUGAACCUGGAGUACGUGUAAAUAAGAAACACUAAUGGUAGUAACUGGCGGUCCCAUAACUCACAAAGUAUAUUUAAGAAAAGCAACAACAGAUAGAAAAUUCUGAGGGGAGUGAGCAAGCGCCAGAAAGUUUCUGCAAACUCUAAACAACUUUUCUCCAAUUUCGCAAGCAGGUGAAAUUGUGAGUGGAUGGGAAACAGGAAAAUACUUCCAGAAUUUGCUGUGUGCUUCUGAACUCUGUAGGUCCUUUGAGUUGGCGUUGGGCCAAAUCACGCUUUUCCUAACAGUAAAAGAUGGCCAUUGUAAGAGGGGAUAGGUAGCUAUGACUCGAAUGAUGGAGAAUUUCAGUCAGCUCUUGAAAAGCAUCUUUGGACCCCAAGUAUUGUAAUAACUACAGACUCUUUUGGGUAAGCACUAAAGAAUAUAUUGGAUGAGACUGACCAUCUGGAUGACCAUUGUACUUGGUUUCAAUGCAGAAACUGCCUGGGCCAUGACCUAUGCCAGGUGAAAGACAGAGAGUAGGGCCAAUUAGAGUCUGCACCAAGCUAGGAGGCAGAAUAGCAAAGAGGCACUUUUUCAUACUCUCCCCAAUUUCCACCCUGGCUACUGCGAGUGGUUGGGCUGUGGAUGCAGUGAUCAUUACACUGCUACAUUAAGCCCUACUCCGGCUGGGCAGGUCUUUGGAUUGCUGCCUAACACUCAUUGAAAGCAAUGGGGCUUAAAAAAUAAAUCUAUCACCAGGUAUUCAACAAAAAUUCCUCAUACACACCCUAAAUUUGUUGUGUGUUUUUUCCCCAAGCCUUGAGAGCAGAUCUGGAGCGGAAUCCUUAGAAGAGAGGGUAAGGAAGUUCCACUGAGGUAAUAUCCAUUGCUAACUUUGACCAGUUUUGGGGAAGCAUUAUGAUAUAUUUGGCUCAUUAGCCCAGGGAAUGUAUCCUGCUGUUGCCCUUUGGAUUGUGAGGUGGCUACAAUAGCUUGCAGUGUCGUGGCACAGAAUUCCCAUGGCUGGAUUGUCCAGUUUAAUGUAAGUUUCACCUGAUGGCACUAUAAAACAGAGUAUUUUCUAAGAAGCUUAACUUUGAGCUUCCCUUCACCACCUCUGGAUAUUUCAUGGUCACAACAUUUACAUGCAUACCUAGUUCUCAAAUAAAGCGGUCUUCUCAUUCAUAUUGUGGCAUUCAACAGUUCUGAGUUUGAUCAAACUCGGAAUUAUCCACAGUGUGAAGCAAGACAUUGUGCAACUUGGAUGUGGGUCCCUUGCUACUGACGUAUUUAAAAUUCCAACCGGUUGCCUUGCCAGACAUUUCUUUGGUUAAUGCCUUAUGCCUAUUACAGGACAAGAGUGUCUGUGUAACACAUUGCCACAAUUACAAAUGAAGACUGACAAGUUUCUGUAUACACAAUAUGCACGUUAUUCUAACUAUUUAAAAUUCACUUUAAAUCAAGUGUCAAAAAGAUGGCAGAUGAGAAAAUACAUUUGCAACUUAGAAAAGAAGCAAUGUUUAGGCUGAAGUAAGGCUAUUUAAAGCAAAUUUUAUGGGUUUUAGACACAAUAAAGUACUUUCCUGUGAUGCAGUCUUGGACUGCAACCUUAUUCACAUGGGAACAAGCCCCAUUGAACUCACCCUUACAUCUGAGUAUAAGAUUACUCUGUUAAGCAUCAGAUAACACAUUUGCAGGUUUGUAUUCUAAAACUAUGCCUGGUAUGACUCUAGCAAUUACCGUAUUCACAUGCACAAGUGCGUGUUACUGAUAAGUACAAGAAAAGUAGGGGAAGACUGAUAUGCACUCUGGAACAGAAUGCUGCAGUGCAAAGUUUCACAUCUUCCAGAAAAUUAACACAAGAAUUCAAAAACAAUUAUUGUGGAUGCAUACUAAGUAUUUAUGCCGCAAACUGGCAGGACACUGAGGAAGGGGAGGAGGAUACGGAUGAGGUGUGUAGCCACGACUGACACAAACUGGGACAAGCUAAAGACAGGGAAGGUGAGGUUGGGGACUUAGGAGGUACUCACAGGACAUUGGAGGACAUCGAAGGGGCAGGUAACAGUUCAUGGAAGCCAGAGGAAAGUGCCCUCUAGGAGACUGAGGCAGGCAAGGGAAUACAGCCCAGCACACUAGUGGACCAGGUGAGGACUAUGAGGUUCGUUAGGUCUGGGAGGAGGUUUGUGGUCCCUCAGCUGCAUUAGGCUCAGUGCAGGUGGGGAUCACAUGCCUCCUCAAGUGGAGAGGCCCAGCUGCUCAGCUGGAGCAAACACAGAUGCAGCAAUCAAGAUUGAGAAGGAUAAAAGGGAAGCAAGGCAAAAGCCUCUGUGUCUGCUCAGCUCUCUCUGC